ACGCACCUUGAAGGUCACGUGACAAAGAGACGCGAGUAAAUUUUCUGUAGGAAGAAGAGAAAAAAGAUUUUCAACGAUGGACGGAGGUAGCUACAAUAGCGCUGUCCUUUGCAUGUUAUGUGGGGAGGCUUUCACGCUGCCUGAGGAUGAAAUCCUUGGCAAUCUCCCUCGUGUGCUUUUAUGUGGCCACAUCUACUGCACAUUUUGCCUGCGGUCUCUUGAGCAUGACGGUGUCAUCAGAUGUCCUGAUUGUGAGAUUGUGUCCACUCUUCCUGAAAGUGGAGUGUGUGGUCUGCAGGAAGAGAGCAGAAUCAUAGGACUCAUCUACACUGCUAAAACAAAUAAGAUGAAAAGCCUCCGAUGUGACAAAUCAAAGAUUCGCAGAAAGAAGAAAUCAUCAGCAUCCGCAGACACUCUUGUCAGUACUGAGGACAUGGAGCAGCCAGCUGAUAUUGAGAAGACUGUGGAUAAGGCGUUGGCUCAGGCUGGAGAAAAUCUUGCCCAGCUUGUGCACAAUCAUGAGACACUGACGACUGGCCUGGAACAACAAGUGAAGAAAGAGGGGGCCCGGCUGGAGGUGGAGAUCAGGGAAGCUGCAACCAAGGCUAUUUGUGCUAUUCAGAAGUGGAAGGAUACACAGAUGAGCCAGCUGACUACACUGAAGACAGAAUUCUCAGCCAGCCAAGCUGCAGUGUGCCAUGUCCAGGAGCGAAUAAAGGCAUUGGAGACUGCCAUGCAGAUGGCCAGACAAGUGCGCCGUGUCCCCUUGUUGGAGCAGUACUGCACACUGGAUAAGGUUCUAGAGACGCUGCAGGCGCCUGUGGAUAACCAGCUAUUUGAUAUGAAGUCCAUUAGCAUGGGGACUGGAAAGAGUUGUGUUUUCCAGUUAGAGUGUCUGAAUGGUAAUUUGGUUUUGUCCUUGAAGAUGGAAGUCGGUGACCCCAAAGAGCUGACUCAGUCCCCACCCAAAAACCACCAGCCAGGCAGCUUUAACAAAAAGUCUCACUGGAAGCGUGCAGAUGACAAGAACACUGGCUGUAUUCCACACAGUGACAAGCUCCCCACCCCACAAAAGCAGUGUGAGCAGAGUCCAAGAGCUAGCAGUUCCUUAUCACGAGGCUCCUCUCCAAGGCCUGAUCACAGGCUUUCUCGCCACAGCUCGGCCUCAGACCUUGGAGGCCCAGAUAUCAUUAUUGAGGAGUUUUUAGAUGAGGGACAAGAGCAAGCCCUCCCGCCAACUGGUCCUGAACUGGCUGGUGACAAACUGAGAAUCAACAGAAGAAAACAUCAGUUAUCUUCUAAUAAGAGAAAUGUCACACAGUGGGUAGUGGUAACCCACAUCGUGAGUCCAAGCCACUUCUAUAUCCAGUAUGUGGCUGAGAAAAGGGAAUGUGAGAUGCUGUCGGCCAAAAUCAACAAAUUCUGCAGAGAAGAUGGUUGUAGCUUCACUGAAAAGGACAUAGUGGAGACAGACUCCUUGAUCUUUGUGAAGAGUGAGGAGGGACUCUGGUGCCGGGCUAGAGUGCUUGAAGUCUUGCAGAAAGGCUCUUCAGAGCCUGUGAAAACCUGUGCGGUCACCCAGCUGGCUAGUGCACGAGUUUUCUUCCUUGAUCACGGACUUACCCAAACAAUCACCACGAAGAGUGAAGACAUGGCCACUGAGACUUCACUGAAUGCUGUGAACAACCAGCUGAGAAAAGUGGAUAGAGCAGUUAAAGCGGUCUUGUUUAACUUUACUCCACUGGCCAUCAGAUGUUCGUUCAAGGGCCUGGUCCCUUCUGAUGUGAUAAAAGGCUGGAGUAAGGAGGCACAGGUUGAAUUCCGCCGUGUGGUCGGCUUUGCAGCAGUGGAAAUGUGGAUUUUGGGUCAGGACAGAGACUUCCUGUUGGUGGACCUGCGGAAAGCUCCCAAGGAACAGUCCGGUGAUGGAUUCAUCUCUAUCAGAGAGUAUCUUGUUUUCAUUGAAGUGGCCAGGUUUUAUUCUCCAAUGACAACGGGCAGGAGGCCCCUGCAGUACUACCCUCCUGUAUAUCCCAAGAUCAACAGAGAGGUUGCUGCUUUGGUGUCCCACGUCAGCAACCCUGCUGACUUCUAUAUCCACCUGGCUGACAACAUGGAGUUCAUGUUGCUCUCAGCCAAGCUUCAGGACUUCUACAAAGAUCUGGCAUUACUGGGAGAAGAUGAGCUCAGCAUCUACUGCCCUGUGAUAGGACAAGCCUGUGUCGCCCGUUUUGAUGACACACAGUGGUGCAGAGCUCAGGUGAAGGGUCAUCCAGAGGGAAGAAAAGUAGAAGUACAGUAUGUUGACUUUGGCGACAGGAAAAUCUUGUCAGUCCGUGACUUGAAGAAGAUCAAAGAAGAGUUUUUCGCCCUUCCUGCCAGGGCAAUCCACUGCUGUUUGUCUAAUGUGAUUCCUGUGGAAGGAGAGUCCUGGAGUGAUGCCUGUGCUAACAGAUUCAUCGGCCUAGUUAAGGACAAACUGGUCACUGUUAUAGCUACAGGACGAGCGCCUAAGUCUGAGCCUCUCCCAGUCAAACUGUUUCAGGGUGAAGGGAGCGAGUCACUAACUAACAUUGCUGAGCUGCUGGUCAAAGAAGAGCUGGCCCGCUUCAAAGAGGGACUGAGCUCCAAAAAUGCCAGGCCCUCUGGCAAUGAUGCAGCCAUAUGGGACCCUCCACUUGAGCUUGCUUCAGCAACAGGGGGAGCUGAUAUUUCAGAACAAAUAAUCUCUGGAGACCAAAAUGAGGAACCACAUGAGUUUCAGCUUCAGGUGAAGCUCCCUGCCCAGCUCAAAGAUGUUAAAGUGAGAGUCAGCCACACCAAAUCUCCGAGCAGCUUCUACAUCCGGCUCAUGCAGAACGAGUCUCACCUCAAAAGGAUAUGUGAACUGGUCAAGCAGGAGUGUGCACAGACAGAGCCCCAGGAUGUAGCAUGGAAGGCAGACAUGUACUGUGCUGCACUCUUUAAUGGAGUUUGGGAGAGAGCACAGAUCUGCUCGGAUGUCAUAUCUGGCAACACUGCAGAGGUGAGACUGUGUGAUCAUGGCAGCACGGUGAAGAUCCACCUCAGCAACCUGCGACCGCUGCCGUCUUCCCUGAUUGGCUCCAUGGCAUUCGAGUGCACUCUUUAUGACAUCAGGCCCGCAGGAGGCCAAUCUACCUGGACAGAUACAGCCUGUGACUCAAUCUGCUACUAUUUGAGCGGAGCUUCGGCUGUUAUGACAAUCAAGGAGAAGACCGAUGAGCGUCCGGUACCUGUCACUCUGUUCUGCUCUAAUAGAAUGGGAGAGUUGAUAAGCAUUGCAGACUUUCUGGUCGGCGAAGGCCUCGCACUCAGGGAAAGAAAGCCAAGAGAUGCUGUUGUUCAGCAAUCCAAAGACACGGACCCACAGUCUCCAGUGAAAGAGAUACAAAGUGAGAGCGAGACAAAAACCGGUUGCCCACCUGUUCCUCUCAUUUCUUUCCCCUUCCAGUCAUCCAUUGUGUCUGGUUGCAUGCCUCCAAAACCAGCCACCCGCUCCAUUAUGACAGCUGAGAAGGUAAAGACGUCAAUGUACCAACCCCCGGAGCUCCCAAGUCUCGGUCACAUUCAGAUAAAUGUCUCUGCUAUCGGAGAUGACGGUCUCAUUUAUGUCAGAACACAAAAUGCAGAGCAUCAGCUCAAGCAGCUCAGAGAGAGGAUUCAGCAGAGCAUGAAGGCAUUGCCCAGACAGAAGCCCUACACCUGGAAGUCAGUCCUGGGCUGUGCUGUCAUUGGACCUGACAUGUUGUGGUACAGAGGACAGUUGCUGGAGGUGCUGGGGGGGCAUGUUAAGGUACAGUACGUUGAUUAUGGUCUGGUGGAGAACAUCCCGGUGGUUCAUCUGUACCCCAUCCUGCUGUGUGAUGAUGUUCCUCAGCUCUGCAUGACCUGUCAGCUGCAUGGCAUCAACCCUGUUGGUGGUAAAUGGCAGCGGGAUGCAGUGGCCCUGAUGAGAGAGAUGCUGCUAAACCGCCAUGUGGAUAUAAACGUUGUGGAGCUGCCAGCUGAUCCAAGGGGACCUCUCACCAUUGAGCUCUUCUUAGAUGGUUUGAGCCUCAGCACAAUCCUGUGUCAUCACGAACAUGCCUUCAUAGAUCGGACUGUGUCACCACUUAAGGGGCUCUCAGUGAUGUCUCCUGCCCCCGUCUUGGAUGAUUGGGAUAUUAACACUGAGGAUUUGAAAGGCCCAGAGGAGCCAAUGCUGGGGCUCUUUACCUACCCAACGCUGCCACAGAAGGGACAGCACUUUAAAGUUAAGGUCAAACAUCUGUUGACCCCCAAUGAGCUGUUCCUGUGGCCGAUGGAAGAAACUGCUGAUGUGGAGGUUAACGGAGAGACUCUAGAUGAUGCUUUGACCAGAAUCAAUAGAAACAUCGGCAGUCUGACACGACUCAGCAGCUUCCCUGAGGGUGGUCCAUGUCUGGCUGAGUACAGUGAUGGGAAGUACUAUCGGGCCAGGAUUUUGAAGUUCAUCAGUGUGGAGCCUGUCACACUCCUGGUACAACACGUUGACUUUGGCUCUGAUGACACUCUGCCCAUCAGCAAGCUGCGUCAAAUGCCUGCUGAGCUGCUGCAGUUUCCAUGUAUGGCACUAAAAGUCAAAGUCGCUGGCUUCAGAGCUCCAAGUGUCACAAAGGAUGAAAAUGUGCUGCCUUACAGCCCCAAAUGGAGCGUGAAGGCUGCGAUGGUCAUGAUCGACCUAUUGCACACGAACAUCACUGCCUCUGUUGUGGCUCAAGAACCAGAGCUCACAGUGCUGCUGUACAACGAAGAUGGAGAGUUGGUCCAUCUGCCUCUGGUGAGCAGAGGACUAGCUGAUCUCGAGUAACAGAAAGGAGAAUCUUUACACCCACCAGAUACUAUUCGGGUUUACGGGCUUUCAUGUUUUGUGAUCUUCUGGAUUUCAUUGUGUUGGACUGCUGUUCUUAAUUUUUACAGGUUUGACCAUCUUUACGUUCAAAUUGUUCCUGCAGAGCAUUAAGUUCACAUGUUUUUUUUAAAGCUGUUAAUUUAGCUCUCUGUUUUCUUGUCGUUUGACUUGUGUGACAAACCUUACUGUAAGAUUCUCAUUAAAGUACUUCAUUGUUCACUCA